AGUUUUAUAAUAUAUUAAGUGGUAUAGACAUUUUAUAAUAAGUUUUAUAAUAUAUUAAGUGAUAUAGACAUUUUAAAAAUGGUGACAAUGGUUGCAGAUGAAAGUUGGGGACUUGAUAAAUUUGAUGAUGGUUCAACAAAGAUAGUUGGUGAAUUGCAGUUAAAAAAAUAUGGACAUUUUUUUGACGAGUAUGCUACUCAACUAAAGGCAAUUGAAAAUGCUUUGGAUGAAACAGCUGUUGAUAUGUGGGAUAUCACACUAGAUCCCAUUGCACUUCAGACUGUUCCCUAUGAACAAACAACUCUUAUUGAACUCAUUAAAACUGACAAUAAGAUAUUGAACAAAGUCAUGAUUGUUCUCUCGACAUUGUGUACAGAGUUGAAGUUAUUAUCUCAAGAGGCACAAACAAAGUUUUAUUCACCAUUGCUUUUGUAUGAAGAAGCCUUAUGUGAAAAAACUUUAGAAGAAGGAGAAGCCCAAUUACACAUUGCUAGAAUGUUACCAUUGUUUCAGGAAAUUUCCAAUUUUGUACAACGUUGCUAUGAAGUUGUUCCCCAUGUUAUUCAUCAACUUGCUUCAAUGUACAACAAAGAUGGUCAUAAAGUUAUUAAUGUAUCUGAUGUUCACUUUUUAGCAUUGUUUAAACACUUAGGUGAACUCUUACUUUCAAUGAUUACUUUGGAUGAGAUUAUAAACAAUGGUGCGGUAUUGCUUGAGCAUUGGAAAAAAUAUAAGAGAAUGCUUAAGACUGUUCAUGGCAAUGCUCAGCAUUUUGGAGUUGAUAGUACAAAGUUACGACCAUUUGAAAAAUUUCUUUUACAAGUGGAAACUCAAGUUCUGCAUGGAAAAAUAUUUGAGAAUUGUUUGAAUCUGAAGUAUGAUACUCGUUUUGUUAAUGUAACACGUAACCCUGUUUUAUCAGAAGAGUUUUCUCAUUGUCUCAAGCUAAUGUUUCACAGUAUAGAACCUAAAAUAGGUGAGCUGACAGAAAUUAAUCAAAGACAUCAUUAUGUUGGACUACUUGGUCUUUUUACUCUCCAUUUUAACAUAUACGGAGCUUUAGACAAAAAAUUUUUUAAACUACUUUGGGAAGUCUAUAAAAAGGUACCUGCUAUCCAUUUGGCUGGUAAUAUUCUGUUUUUUCCAAAUGACUUUCUAAUGAAAUACAUUCCUCAUUGUAACAAGUUUAUCGACAAAAAGCAAACUGAUGCUGUUGGGCUGGCAAAGCAACAGUAUUUAUCUUUCAACAAUCAAGGCUUUGGAAAAGAGGCCCAGCAAUUUUAUUUACAAGUUUGUGUUUGGAUGGUUGAGAUGGAAUCUGCAGCAAAAAAGACUACGAAUUAUGGAAAUGACUUAGAUUCAAAAGCAUUGCUUUUUCUUUGGGGUGUAAAGUAUGCAUUCAAUAUCAGCCAUUUGAUUCGCACAGUUAUGAACCUCCAUGUAGCAUUAUCAAAACCAAUGACCAAAUCUGCUGUUUUAGCUUUUUGUCGCCUUAUUGAACUAUUAAAGGCAAUUGAAUAUACAUUUCAUAGACGCAGCAUGAAUAUUGUCCAAAGUAUAAACCAUAUCCGUCAGCAUCUAUCUUUUAAAGCUCUUCAUAUAGUUGAUUCUGCUAAGAAAAGAAUCAGCCAAGAUACCAAGUUUACUGAGCAGAAGCUUGACAUCCUAGCAGCAUUAGGACUGCUUCAAGAUAUGCUGAAUGGAGCAGGAACCCAAGAAAGACGUUUGGUUGCAUCUCUUGCCUUACAUGUUGGAUCUCAAAAUAAAAUGUUUCGAGAGGAUGAGUUAAGUUCUUUGAUGGCUCUUAUAAACAAUCUUGAUCUUAUGAUGGAUUUAAGAGGAAAAAUACAACAGGCAUGCAACUGUAGCUUUCUAUAUUGGCAUAAGAUAAUACUACCCGUUUACUUAAAAGAUGUUUUUACUAGCUCUUUGGAUGUUCAUAGAUUGCAUUACAUGUUUGGUGCACUGCGGGAUUGCAGCUACCAGUUAAAAUUAGCAAGGCAAAAUGUAGAUCUUAUGGCAAUGACUAAUAAUUUUAAAGAAGAAGUCAUGAAAGAAUUUAAAGAGAAUUUUUUAUCUCCUUUGUGUAAGCAAGUGGAAACAGACCUUCGCUUAAGCAUACACAGACAUUUACAACUUGAUGACAGAAACCCGUUUAAGAAUGGUUUGCGAGAUCUUACACAAUUUUUUCAAAUGCGCCCAUUACGCUUUUUUGAUGAAAUUAUAGAUUUAAAAGAUUACAUUGGACAUUACUUGGAUCAAACCUUUUAUAAUAAUAACACUGUUGCUUUGCACGAUUGGAAGACAUAUACUGAAAUGCGUAAUUUAGCGAAACAAAAAUAUAACCUUAAAAUGGCUGACUCAUAUUUACCAAGUCAAACAUUAGAGCAGGGUUUGGAUGUUUUAGAGAUAAUGCGUAACAUCCAUGUGUUUGUUGCAAAAUAUGCAUACAACCUCAAUAAUCAGAUUUUUAUUGAACGUGCAUCAAACAACAAGCAUUUAAAUACUAUUAAUAUUCGCCAUAUCGCUAAUUCUAUACGAACACACGGUGCCGGAAUUAUGAAUACAACAGUCAACUUUACUUUUCAGUUUCUGCGAAAGAAAUUUUUUAUCUUUUCUCAGUUUCUUUAUGAUGAACACAUCAAAGCACGGCUAAUCAAGGAUAUACGUUAUUUUAAAGAAUCUAAGGAUGAAUGUGAACAAAAGUAUCCAUUUGGUCGUGCUGAGAAAUUUAAUAAAGGAAUUCGAAAACUUGGGUUGACACCAGAUGGUGAAAGCUACCUUGACCAAUUUCGUUUACUAAUCACUCAAAUUGGUAAUGCAAUGGGAUAUAUUAGGUUGAUUCGUUCUGGUGGCAUUCAUUGUAUAAGCAAUGAAAUAAGAUUUAUUCCAGAUCUUGAUGAUAUUGUGUGUUUUGAAGAGUUGACAACUGAAGCUGGGUUAUCAGUGGAAACAAUUACAGCUGCAAAGAAUGUAGAUGCAGCUAUUUCUAGCCUGACUAAAAACUUUGCUCAGGGCACUGAAUAUUUCAAGAUGCUGAUAGAUGUAUUUGCUCCAGAAUUUCGUGAUCAAAAAAAUAUGCAUCUAAAAAAUUUUUUUAUGAUUCUCCCACCCUUGACAUUGAAUUUUGUGGAAUACAGCAUGAAUUGCAAGGAGAAAGUAAAUAAGAAAAAUAAAAUUGGUGCAACUUUCACUGAGGAUGGUUUUGUUAUGGGUGUUGCAUACAUAUUGAAGUUAUUAGACCAAUACAAUGAGUUUGAUUCACUUCAUUGGUUUCAAUCGGUUGCUGAUAAGUACAAUAAUGAAAAGGCAAUGACAGUUAAAAAUGCUACAGGAGAAAAAGAUGAGAAGUUGCUUCAGACAACAAGCUUAACUUUGAAACGCCUAACAGCUUAUCAAAGAGAAUUCCAAUUGCUUUUUUUCUCGCUGAGUAGUGCACGAAUAUUUUUUCGAGCUGGAAAAAGUUCAGAAGAAAAUCUAGAUGAUAAAACCUCCGGAUCUUCAAAGAAAGAAGAAAUUCCGCCAAAAACUGAUUAGUUCUUUUGUGUUUGUCCACCGAAAACUGAUUAUUCAUUUUGUGUCCAACAAAAAUUGGUUAAUCAUUUUGUGAGUGUCCACCGAAAACUGAUUAUUCAUUUUGUGUGUGUCCACCGAAAACUGAUUAGUCAUUUUGUAUGUGUUUGUAUAUAUAUAUUAUUGUCUAGCUUGUUAUUUUAAAUAUAUAUUUUUUAAAUUAGAA